AUGGAAACACAUCCAUUAAACAAGGCACAUCAGCAGCAUAGACGAGCCGAGGCACUUUUAAAAAAUAAUAAGUAUGAUGACGCCAUGCAAUGCCAUCAUAAUGCUGCAGAAUUACUCUUAGAUGCAAUGAAAUCUACUUCAUCUUCAGUAGCUCUCGAGUCAAUUACUUUGCAGCAUAGUUAUCACCUAAAACAGAAGGAUCUUAUACAAAGCAAGAAAGAACAAUAUGUACGAGUUAAAAAGGCUAUGGAUAUCUUUAAAAACAUGAGCAAAGAUUCACAAAUAAAUGUACCUGGCGAACCAUCAAAAGUGCAAGUAGCAAUUUAUAAAAACCUUAAUGAAUCAGAAACUCUUCUUCAUGAGUUAUCAACUAAUCAAGUUGCAGGUGAGAUUAAAGAUUUUGCUAAAUUAAGUGAAGGAAAGGCUGAAAAAUCCCAAAAAAUUGUAAUUGAAGAAUUACAGACCCUGAAUCAUAGUUUGCACUCAUUGGUUGAACAAUUAGUUCUACAAGUGGAAGUUUUAAAAGAUGAGAAUAUGACUUUGAAAGAAAGAGUGAACUUUCUAGAAAAGGAGAGAGUAAGGUAUCUAAAUAUUUCACAAGAUGGGAUUACAUUGAGUGAUGAACCUACCCGAAAUAAUUAA